CUGUUCCUCGAAAACCGCAAUCGAUUCACCUUCAGCGGCUUUCGAUUUUUUUUCGAACAAAAACGACACCUCACCAAGGGGAAGUUUUUUGAUCAAAGACACCAACGAGACACCGAGAAAAGAUGUUGGCGACAGGAGGAAGUAGUGGUCCUGACGCAUCGAACAUGUGCUGGAGAUUUACGCGAAUAGUAACAGCGGCCACGAAGUCAUUGUUGCUGUUCUACUGCCUUGCCGGAUCGUCCGGCAUCGUCACGGUUGCUGGUGGGACGAACAAGGUUCUUACGAAGAACACAGCCCCUGCGCUCGCCGAUCGCGCGGAAGAAGAAGGGAACCAGGACGGAGUUACAACAACAAUCGGGUACGACGACGCUUACAACUACAAGCAAGCAAGCAACCAGGGCAGCACAGGCGUGGAGUCGCUGAGCAGUGAAGAUGCGGGUGGUGAAAAACUUACCGACGUCGACGUGGUCGAACAGCACGAGUUGGCGUUUUUGCAGCCACCGGAAGCGACAGACGUGACGACGACCGGCCCCGGUGUCAGCGAGAAGGAGGCGUCCACGUUUGUCCAGCCGUGGUCGCAAGUAUUCAAUCGGGUCGGGAAUGCUGCGAGUUCAAUCAUGAACAGGGCUGUGCGUUCACUAUGAUUCGGAAAAGCGUACCACCGCAAAAGUGAAAUAAAGAUUGAAUGUUUGUGUUGCAGAACUCCCCUACUGAGACUCCUGCAUAUACCAAUACAAAUUUUCGGGGCAGGAGAUCUAGUGCAAAACAACUAACGUACCAUCAUCAAGAGACGCACUUCUCAUAGAAAGAUUACUUUGCGUGCCUAUAAUAUUCCGGAGGGAGAAAAAGGACGCGUCGUAGUCCGCUUCUCUGAGAGGACUACUGCUAAGCAAAGCGUUUCUAUUUGGAAACACUGCAAGUGCAACCUAAUAAAGAUUUGGCACUUUCGGUGACCGCGCGCUUUUCAGCCGAAUAUCUUCAGCACCCAGACUCUUCGGCAUCAACACCAGCUUUUUCAUCAGGCUCCAGAAUCUUCGGCGGCUCCAGAAUCUUGGCGGCUCCAGUCGGCGCCCAGCGGGAUUUCGACACGGAAUUGAACGAAGCGAUCGAGAGGGUGCAAGGGUCUGGAUAUCUCCAAGUAUGCUCAACAUGA